AUGCAUCUUUCCACUACUUUCCUCGCUAUCCUCAGCUGCACGGGAGCUGCCCUGGCGCAGAACCAUUGGGAAAACAAACCCAGCCAGAAUCACUGGGAGCACAAGCCCAACCAAACUUGGUGGGAACCCAAGCAAAAGACUACCGCCGCUGUGGUCAAAGGCGAUACUCCUCCUCCUCAGAACCCUCACUGGGAGCACAAGCCCGGGCAGACUUGGUGGGGACCCAAGCCCAACGGCACUGUGAAGCCCCAUCCUCAUGCCGACGCCAGCAACCACAAGAGAGCUGUGCUGGAGCAUGAGAACCCUUGGAAGCACAACAAAACGGGUAGCGGUCAUGGAACGGUCAAGCACGGUUGGGGUCACAAGCCUAACGGCGACACAAGGACACCGCCCUCAACACUGGGAAUGGACCACCACCACACGAGAAGAGAGGGUCUCAGUACGGAAAUCAAUCUCCUAGUGGCCGCGGAUAUGCAACGACGAAGCGGCGUUCGCGUCGCAACACUGGAGCAUCUUAAGCGCUAG